AUGAAAAGAUCUUUUUCGUAUAAGCUUCUUGUUUCUGCUGCGCUCUGUCUGGGGAGUGCGGUGCCCGCUCUGGCGGCGGAUCCUGUUGCGCCCAAGGUGAUUAUUGUCGCCGGAUGGGAAAACGGCGCCGAUACGGGCGAUGCACCGGGCGAAUAUCAGGAUUGGGUCGAGCGCGAGCAUCUGAACGAGUCCGUGACGGUGCGCGGCGUGAAAGAGCCGAUUCUGCGACGCAAUGCGCAGGGGGUAUACGGGUUGGUGCUGCGUUCGGGGCCGAGCGAGUUGAUGGCGCUUGCGCUCGAUCCGGCUUUCGAUCUGAAAAAGACCUAUUGGAUCUUCACUGGCAUUUCGGGCGUCAAUCCGAAUGUGGCGUCGGUCGGCAGUGUGGCCUGGGCGCGCUGGGUGGUCGAUGGCGAUGCGCUGCGUGAACUGGAUGAUCGCGCCAUCCCCAAGGAUUGGCCCUACGGGCUUUAUGCGAUCGGUGCGGACCGCCCCAAUGCCCUGCCGAAAGACGCCAAUCAUUAUGGCUCGGUCACCGAUGUGGCGGAGCUGACCAAGGCCUAUCCGCUCAAUCAGGGUCUGGCGUGCUGGGCCUAUGAUCUAAGCAAGGACGUCAAGCUGGCAGACGAUCCCGAAAUCGCCCGCAGGCGCAAAGCGUGGCCUGCAACUCUGCCUGCGAGUAAGCCGCCCAUGAUCAUGAUGGGCGAGACGCUUGGCGCGUUACGCUACUGGCAUGGCGAGGCGCGUAAUAACUGGGCGCAGGACUGGGUGAAGCUCUGGACGAAAAAUCAGGGUGUUUUCGUCAUGACCAAUGAGGAGAGCCAGACCAACCAGAAGGAAAUGCGGCUUCUGGCGAAAUGGGGCUUUGUCGCGCCUGACCGCAUCAUGGUGUUGCGUUCGGGGUCUAAUCCGUCCAUGCCGCCGCCGGGCGUGUCGCUUACCCAGUCGAUGGGCGAUGAAGGCCCCGGCCAGAACGUCGCUUUCGACAAUAACGAGCGCGCUGGUGCGCCUGUCGUUGCGGAGCUGGUCAAACACUGGGACCAUUACCAAGACCAUGUUCCCACCGCCCCCUGA